AUGGUUGAUGAUAAUAAAAUCAAUUUAACAAUAAUGGAAAAGAUUUUAAAUAGAUCUUUUCCAAAAUGUUGUAAUUUAAAAUCAACUACAAAUCCAUUGGAAAUUUUAGAUAUAUUGUUGUCAACAGAACUGGAGGAAUUACCAUAUGAUGUCUUGUUUCUUGAUAUAGAGAUGCCUGAAUUAAACGGAGUGGAAAUUGCUGGUAAAAUACGAUCAAUUUAUAAAAGAUUUGAUCAGUUGUCUAUAAUUGCAGUUACAAGUUGUUAUUCACCAAGUGAUUUACAAAAAUAUUCACAAGUUGGUAUUGAUUUCACAAUUCCGAAACCAAUAACUUUAGAUCCAAUAACUUUUAAAAGAACUGUAUUGGAGGUGAUGAGUAAAAGAAGAUAG